CGGAGCGGGGGCCGCCCUCUGGGGGCGGGCGCGAGGAGGGGGCAGCAUGGCCGGCGGCGAGAGCUGGCGGCCACCGCGGCCGUGCGAGGACUACUGGUGGGAGUGGCGGCACUGCCGCGGGCUGCGGCACGCCUUCCACCACUACUACGCGCACGGGCAGCUGCCGGCCUGCGCCCGCUGGCGGGACGACUACGCCGCCUGCCGCGCCUGGGAGAGCGGCCGCGCCGCCGCCGCGCAGGAAGCUUUGUGCAAGAGCGAAAGAGCCCGAGUGGAGGAAAAGCAGAAAUAUGCCCCGGUGUGGACGUUCAGGAAGAGCCCGCCGCCUGACUGGUACCUUCCGCUCGACCAAGACAAUCCCAAGUGAUGCGACCGCUUUGCUGUGUUUGGAUCUCAUCUCAGCAACGCAGCAGGAAACUCUCAAAUUAGCAGCUCCUCUUCCCCAACAAGCCCGGUGUUGCACAUUGUUGGAAGAAGGCAUUGUUGGAACAUCUGGGCCUGCCUGAUGGGAAAAUAAAAACAAGCUGGGACUCCUCCCUGACAGUUCAGGACACAGCCACUGGCAUUGAAAAGGCACUACCCAGAUUCAGUACUGUGGUGCUUAAGAGCUUCUGAUGCAGUGGGAUAACGUUGCAGACCCUGAAACAUGCCUGCUGUUGGGGAACUGCUCUUGAACAAUAAUGCAUGUGUUCUUUUUAAAUAUGUCUAUGGCAGUAUUCAAAUUACUACAAAAAUAAAGGUUCAAAUGACUGAAGUGAGAUCUGUUUUUAGGGAAAACACUAUUAGAGACUUAAUGCACUCUUUACAAGGAAAUUUAAAAAAAAAGGAAAAAAAAAGCUAAUUUUUGCAUUGGCGAGGUACAUUUUCCAUCAAUUUCCCAUCUAUUAUAUGAAAAACCACUGAAAUUUGAAGCAAAGGCAGUAAACAGCCAGCUACUGCCUCCCUGCUAGUCGUCUCUGUUGUGAUGACUGUGACAUUAUUUCCUCAUGCUAGUCUUUGUAGUCUAUGCCUUUGUAGUUAUGGUUCAUGCAGAACAAAAAUGCUGCUGCUCAGGAGCACACGGAGAGAUAAGAAAUACAAGGCCAGAAAGAGAAAAUACUCAGUGAAAUACUUGUUUGCCUUGGUCUAAUAUGGCAUAUAUUUAAAGUAGAUUAGCUCUGUUGGAUGCUUUAUUCCAUAGGUAGCCAGUUUAAAAACAACGACAGCAGACACAGGAUAUUCUGUUCUAUGUUUUUUUUCACCAUCACAUACCUACAGUGUUUUAACGUGCAGAAGGAAUUAAUUCUCAUUCCGUUCUUUCCUUUUUCAGUUGGCUGAGCAGCUUAUGCCGGAUGAACAAUAAACUCUUCUGUCACUGCGUAUACA